ACCUACAGGCUAUGCGCUUUGCGGUGGAGGAGAUCAACAACUCCAGCACCCUGCUCCCGGGACUCUCCUUGGGCUACGAGAUCUUCGAUGUCUGCUACCUGACCAACAUCAUCCAGCCGCUCUUCUACUUCCUCUCCGACGAUCAAUUGAGAGUCGAGGUCAAGCGGGACUACAGCGACUCCAAGACCCGAGUGGUGGCGGUCAUCGGCCCUGACGCACCCUCCACCGCCGUCACCGCCGCUUACCUCCUGAGCCAGUUCUUGGUGCCGCAGAUCACCUACAGCGCAACCACGGAGGCCCUGAGCAGCCCCAAAACCUUCCCGGUGGCCUUCCGCACCAUCCCCAGCACAGAGCAGCAGAUCACCUUGUUGCUGAACCUGAUGAAGUACUUCCGGUGGAACUGGGUCAUCGUGCUCUCCAGCGAAGACGAGUACGGGCAGCAGAACGCGCAGCUGCUGCGCAGCAAGAUCGGGACGACGUAUUCCGAGGUUUCGUGGAUCUGCGUGGCUUUUCAGGAGACCAUCCCAGUCCAAAAAGACAACCAACAGGAGCCCGACGGUGCCACGCUACAGCGGUUCCAGUUGAUCAUCACCAAAAUCAAGGGCAACUCGGCCAAAGUGGUGAUCGUCCUGAGCACGGAGCUGUCCCUCCUCCCCUUCUUUAGGGAAGUAAUCAACCAGAACCUAACUGGCCUGGUGUGGGUGGCAUCCGAAGCCUGGGCCACUGACCUCUCCAUCUUCAGCAUGCACAAUAUCUCCAGCAUCGGUUCCGUCUUUGGCGUGGCGGUGCAGGACGUCCCCAUCCCGGGGCUGGACGAGUUCCGCAUCAAGUCACCGAAGGUCAGAGAAGCCGCCCCGCCGAUGUGCAACCAAGAAUGCGAUGACUGCCUGUUGAUCACGCGGCGCUAUGAUGCCAGCAUCCGGGCCGCCGGCAACCGCAUCGAUUUCAACGUCUACUCCUCUGUCUAUGUUGUUGCCCAUGCUUUGCACGCCUUGCUGGGCUGCAAUAAAACUGGAUGCUCCAAGCAGACCUUUUACCCCUGGCAGCUGCUGCGGGAGGUGGGACGGGUCAACUUCACUUUGUUGAACAACGUCAUCCAAUUUGACGAGAAAGGCGACCCCCCGAACGGCUUCGAAAUAGUCCAGUGGCAAUGGGACAUCCCUGGGAAACCCUUCCGGCGCGUCGCCAAGUAUAAGUCCCCACAGGAAGAGCUCCUCGUCUAUAUGGAGAACAUCAUCUGGCACACGGAGAACAGCACGCCCCCCAGAUCGGUCUGUUCAGCGCAGUGCGGACAGGGACAGAGGCGGAAAGUGCUGGGAUCCUCCGCUUGCUGCUUCAUCUGCGUGGAGUGUGAAGCUGGGACAUUCCUCAACAAAAGUGACAUCUUCACUUGCCAGAACUGUCCGCACAACACGUGGUCCAACCCGGGCCAGGAGGAGUGUUUCGCCAAAACGGUGGUCUUCUUCUCCUGGCAUGAUCCCGCCUCGCCGGCCCUCCUCUCCUCUGCUUUUCUGGGGCUCUUGGCCACUUUGGGCAUCCUGCUGACUUUCAUCCGCCAUCAUGACACUCCGGUGGUGCGAUCCGCUGGUGGGCGGCUCUGCUUCCUCAUGCUGGCCGCCCUCGCCACCGGUUUCUGCAGUGUGGCCUUCUACAUCGGCGAGCCGACGGAGCUCAAGUGCAUUGGGCGCCGGUCCGCUUUUGGCCUCUGCUUCUCCCUCUGCAUUGCCUGCAUCACCGUCCGCUCCUUCCAGAUCAUUUGUGUCUUCAAGGUGGCCGCCCGGCUGCCCAGAGCCUAUGACUUGUGGAGGAAGUACCAUGGGCAGGAGGUCUUUGUGGCCACCAUCUUUGCCCUCAAGAUAAUCAUAAUGGGGUGCAAUGUUUACUUCUACCCUCCGGUGCCAGCCCUGACCGCGGUGAGGCAUAACCCGGCGGUCCUCCUUCUGAUGUGUUCCCCAGACUACAGGGCUUCCAUGGUCCUCAGCAACACCCUGGAGAUGUUCUUGUGCUUCCUCUGCUUCUCCUUUGCCUACAUGGGGAAAGCCAUGCCGAAGAACUACAACGAGGCCAAGUACGUCACCCUGAGUAUGACCGGAUACUUCAGCUGCUGGGCCACCCUCUUCCUGGUCAUGACCCUCUACGACGGGGUGAUGGUCAAUAAGGUGGAUACGACCAUCAUGCUGACCAACUUGUUCAACAUUUGCCUGGGCUAUUUCGGGCCCAAGUGCUACGUCAUCUUCUUCCGCCCUGAGAGGAACACAGCCGCCUUCUUUCAGACGGCUAUCCAGAGCUAUACCAUGAGGCAGGACUAGGCAGAGAUUGCGUCCUGUCAGAGUCCUGUCCAGAGAGUCUCGUAUAAUGCAGCUAAGCACACAAACGUAGUCCAGAGGCAGCCCUAGGUCAACUCAUUCAAUAGUCAGACAAGCAAGGAGGAAGCAAGAGGGUAAGCCAUACGUCCGUUCCAUUAUUCUGAAGCCAGGAUAUUUCCCCAAAACAGUUUCCAAGUAUAGUAAGCAAUCCGAAAUCCAAGGUAUAGUCCGUCUUUCAAGAUCCAAGAGUAAACACAAAGAACUUCAGGAUGCAGCUCCCAACACUGACGUUGCUACCAGCAACCAGCUAUUCCAAGCUCCAGCUAUUUAUGCAGAUCUCUCAGGUGAUCCUACUUGCUGGCAAUCUCUCAAGGGAUCAUCCAACCCAAUGGAUCAUCCAACUCAAUGGAAAAUCAAUACAUUGUCCAACUUACUGGAAACUGAAUGGCUUGUCCAACUCAAUGGAUCUCCCAAUUCAAUGGAAAAAUCAAUGGCUUG